AUGUGCAUCGGAAAUAUUCGUGGUACUCGAGUUUUCCCGAUGUUCAAUGUUCCCAAAGAAGUGGAGCCAGCGAUUGUUCCAGACAAACAACAUAAAAAUCCGCCUGGAAGACCAACAAUAACACGGGCCGGCUCUAUUUUGCACCCCGUGGACAACAUCAACGCCUCCAUUGCUUCCGAGGUCCCCCCAGGACUCUUCAGCGACCACUAUGGGAAACUACGUCGUAGAACCUCGCAUGAGCACCCCGUGGACAACAUCAACGCCCCAAUUGCUUCCGAGGUCCCCCCAGGACUCUUCAGCGACCACUAUGGGCAACUACGUUCAAGAACCUCACAUGAGGUGGUCCCUUUUAAUUUUUUAGCAACGUCUAGUAGUUCUAAUUCCAAGGAAGGUGAUAAAGAGCCAGAGAAGAAAGCAGGAUCCAGCGGCGGUGGGGGGGAAGGAGGGCCUCCCCGAGCCGCUACAGCAGGGGCGGAGGGCAAGAUCAUAGCAGUCAUUGGCGCCGUUGUCGACGCACAAUUUGACAAGAACUUACCCCCUAUCCUGAAUGCUCUUGAGGUGCCUGGACGAACACCAAAGCUAAUCCUCGAAGUUGCUCAGCAUCUGGGCGAGAAUACCUGCCGAACCAUCGCCAUGGACGGUACCGAAGGCCUGAUCCGUGGUCAGACUAUUAUAGACACAGGAGCCCCUAUCACCAUACCCGUGGGGGAGCCAACUCUCGGCAGGAUUAUGAAUGUCAUUGGAGAGCCAAUUGACGAACGGGGUCCUAUAAAUACGGAUAAAUUCGCUCCUAUCCACGCAGACGCGCCGCCAUUCGUCGAGAUGUCAGUGGAGCAGGAGAUUUUAGCGACCGGGAUCAAGGUUGUCGAUCUCCUCGCUCCUUAUGUCAAAGGCGGCAAAAUUGGAUUGUUUGGCGGUGCGGGUGUUGGCAAGACGGUAUUGAUUAUGGAGUUAAUCAACAACGUAGCCAAGGCCCAUGGUGGAUUCUCGGUAUUUGCCGGAGUUGGCGAAAGGACGCGCGAGGGCAAUGACCUGUACAACGAGAUGAAGGUCGGUGGUGUCAUCACGGAUGACUACAAGACCUCUAAGGUAGCUCUAGUGUACGGGCAAAUGAACGAACCGCCCGGCGCUCGCGCACGAGUGGCGCUCACCGGCCUUACAGUGGCGGAGCACUUCAGAGACAAAGAGGGACAGGACGUGUUGCUGUUCAUUGACAACAUUUUCCGGUUCACUCAGGCUGGUUCUGAGGUCUCCGCUCUGCUGGGGCGCAUCCCUUCCGCCGUGGGGUACCAGCCGACACUGGCUACCGACAUGGGGACCAUGCAGGAGAGGAUCACCACCACCAAAACCGGUUCCAUCACAAGUGUACAGGCGGUAUACGUACCAGCAGAUGAUUUAACAGAUCCAGCUCCCGCCACGACCUUUGCUCACUUGGACGCGACGACGGUAUUGUCCCGCGCCAUCGCUGAACUGGGCGUGUACCCAGCAGUGGACCCGUUGGACUCGACGUCGCGAGUGAUGGACCCCAACAUCAUCGGGGCUGAGCAUUAUGGCGUAGCGAGAGGGGUGCAGAAGAUUUUACAGGUUUGGUGUUGUUUGUGGUGUGUGAAAGCGAAUACGCUGCAACAGUUUUAG